AUGUGCUGCUCCCCUUGCUGCCAGCCCACCUGCUGUGGAUCCACUUGCUGCCGCCCAUGCUGUGUGUCCAGCUGCUGCCAGCCUUGCUGCCGCCCAUGCUGUGGGUCCAGCUGCUGCCAGCCUUGCUGCCGCCCAACCUGGUGUCAGACCACCUGCUGUAGAACUACCUGUUGCCGGCCCAGCUGCUGCUGCCGCCCCUGCUGUGUGUCCAGCUGCUGUCAGCCCAUGUGCUGCUCCCCUUGCUGCCAGCCCACCUGCUGUGGAUCCAGCUGUUGUGGAUCCAGCUGUUGCCGGCCCAGCUGCUGCUGCCGGCCAUGCUGUGUGUCCUGCUGCUGCAGCCCAUGCUGUGUCUGCUGCCAGCCUUGCUGCAGCCCAUGCUGUGGGUCCAGCUGCUGCCAGCCUUGCUGCCGCCCAACCUGGUGUCAGACCACCUGCUGUAGAACCACCUGCUGCCGGCCCAGCUGCUGCUGCCGCCCCUGCUGUGUGUCCAGCUGCUGCCAGCCUUCUUGCUGCUGA